AUGCCGGUCCAGCUCACACCGUUCCUUCGGCAUAUCCUGCAAUUGGAAUUCGGUGUCUUCUUGACAAUGCGUACCAGGAUAUGGUACCUUGGGCGACAGUCCUCGCCUCUCACGUUAUCCAGUUUGAAGGACUGUGCAGAGGAUGGGCCCGGCGUCGACCGUCACAGGAUGCGACGUCAGCGCUGGUCAGAGGUGCCCUGCAUGCUGCCGGAGCAGGGACUGGGCUAUGCCGCGAAAAUGGUAAAGGAUCUUCGGGGCCGCAGAGAGCUGUACAAAGCGGAGUUGAUUGGCCGGUUUAUGUGGGCUAUCCAUCUCCACUCACAGAAGCAGCUGAACCCGGACGUGUUACUCCGCAUCCUCGCUUUUCUGCAAGACUCGGACAGGCCUUUCACAAGCUUCCUGGGGCUUCUGGACGAUGGCCUGACGCAAGUUUCGGCGAGCCAUCGGACAACACAGGCUAGGUCACAGUCCUUGUCUUCGAUGACGUCCAUAGCAUUCUUGCAGAAAGUCUUGCCUUUGCGGCUGCAGCGCGUCUUCGCGCAACCUGCCGACACCG